AUCAGUCAAGUCUCCACAUCCCGAAAGACAACUGGGACUACCCAAGAAAUUUCUACACAUUCUAUGUCUGCUCAUAGCCAUAUCUGCUUUAAAUAGAUACGAUGGAGUGAAUGCAGAGAGUGAACAACGGAAUCUGAAUCCUGAAGAUGCAGCACCACCAGUUUUUCCAUUUCCCCGAAAGGACUGAAUAUCACCAAUGACGCCAACUGGGAAAUGACGUCACAAAAACUCUUCACUCACCUAAUGGCAAAGCAAUGAAGAAGGAGAAGAAGGAGAAAAAAGACACUGAGAAGGAAAUCAGCAUGCAGACAGGAAGUCCCUCAAAGCCAACCAUGGGUCUAUUCACACACAACAAUGGUAAAGCAAUGAAGAAGGAGAAAAAGGAGAAGAAGGACACUGAGAAGGAAAUCAGCAUGCAGACAGGAAGUCCCUCAAAGCCAACCAUGGGUCUAUUCACACACCACAAUGGCAAAGCAUCGAAGAAGGAGAAAAAGGAAAAGAAGGACACUGAGAAGGAAAUCAGCAUGCAGACACAGGAGUCCCCUCAAAGCCAACCAUGGGUCUAUUCACACACAACAAUGGCAAAGCAUCGAAGAAGGAGAAAAAGGAAAAGAAGGACACUGAGAAGGAAAUCAGCAUGCAGACAGGAAGUCCCUCAAAGCCAACCAUGGGUCUAUUCACACACAACAAUGGCAAAGCAUCGAAGAAGGAGAAAAAGGAAAAGAAGGACACUGAGAAGGAAAUCAGCAUGCAGACAGGAAGUCCCUCAAAGCCAACCAUGGGUCUAUUCACUCACAUCAAUGGCAAAGCAAUGAAGAAGGAGAAGAAGGAGAAAAAAGACACUGAAGGAAAUCAGCAUGCAGACAGACGUCCCUCCAAGCCUACCAUGGGUCUAUUCACACACAACAAUGGCAAAGCAAUGAAGAAGGAGAAGAAGGAGAAAAGACACUGAGAAGGAAAUCAGCAUGCAGACAGGAAGUCCCUCAAAGCCAACCAUGGGUCUAUUCACACACAACAAUGGCAAAGCAUCGAAGAAGGAGAAAAAAGAAAAGAAGGACACUGAGAAGGAAAUCAGCAUGCAGACAGGAAGUCCCUCAAAGCCAACCAUGGGUCUAUUCACACACAACAAUGGCAAAGCAUCCAAGAAGGAGAAAAAGGA